AUGGCAGCAAUUCAGAACAUCGUCCGAAAUACAAACAAGCCGUCUAUUACAAAAACACCUUUUUGGUCUGAAUUCAAAAAGCUGUUUGACUUGGCAAAUACUUCUGCAUUUCCUAUAUCUCCUUCAAACGCGCAAGACUUGGCGAAACUAAUAUUAACACUUCAACGACAAUUCGCAACGAUGAACAUGGAUAAUCCUUAUCUAAACGUUGGGGAUUUUCUCUUUCAAAAAAACCUAUACGAUCCUUCGAAGCAGACAAUCGAUAUUGAUCGGAAAUCGCGUGAUUCAGCGUCGUCCCACUCUUCUUCUUCAUCAUCUACAUGGAAUUCCUCUCAUUACUCUUUGAUCUCCGAUGCAGAGGUGUUGAACUACGCUCGUAUCCUCGAACACGUCCAGGGCGCUCUCUACACUCAAGCCUUAGCCAAGUUCUCCGCCGAUGCUUUUGAAGCGACUAAGUUUGCCGCAACUGUCAAGGCAAACUACGACGAUGUUUUGCCGAUGAACAGACUCACAUCACUUUGCUACAAAGACAGCGGCUCAGAUGAUGUCGCUUCGUUCAUCGCGACGAAUGCAGCCUUUGACACUGCUAACACCUUUGCUGAUUCUCAAACUUCUGGACUUCCCCUAGACAAGACAACGUGGUUCAAAUCUACCGUCCAGAAUUCAAAUCCCUGGAGGAGUGCCUUUAUCGGUCCUUUGACCCCCAACAACAAUUUCACUAUCGCAUCAAACUUCAUCGCCACAUAUCCUUCUUCUAAUCCACCUAUCGCAGUCACUCAGUAUUUCCCGCCAAUCAGAAUCCCCACUACCGCUGCUUCUGGUGCUUCAGUCCACCUCGCGCUCGCCCUGACCGAGACAAAUACCUCCGAUUUGUCGGAACUAUUCGUUGCGUUCCCUAAUUCCAAUCGCACCCCCUUCGAACAAUUGUCUUCCUCAGAUUCAUACAACGUCAUCUUCCCCACACAGGAGGACGAUGUUUUUGGUACGAUGUUUGUGCUCCCUGCCCGUUAUAACAAUGAACCACCAAAACAUCAACUCUAUUUCGUCCUGGAUACCCUAUAUUCCAUCAUCUUCUUAUUGUAA